UCUCUCCGGUCCUCAGCGCCUCCAAAGGUGCAGGUGUACAGCCGCAACCCUGGAAAGCUGGAUGACCCCAAUGCAAACACCUUGAUCUGCCAUGUCAGUGGAUUCCACCCACCAGACAUCACCAUCACUCUCCUGAAGAACGGUCAGGAGAUUCAGGGUGCCAAGCAGACCGACCUGGCCUUUGAGUCUGGCUGGCAGUUCCACCUCACCAAGCAUGUGGCCUUCCAGCCUAAGACAGGGGACAAGUACAUCUGCAAGGUCAGGCACAUGAAGGAAGAAAAAGACUACAGCUGGGAACCCGAUAUGUGAGCUGGGAUGUAGAGGCUCUGGGUGACUGUUGAGUUAGUUGGUGAUCCGUUGUCAACAAACAACCUUCCUUGUGACAUCAGGACUAAACCCAGCGGAGAAGAGAUUAACAGCACCUUACAGAUAUCAAGAUGUGCUCACUGACUUGGUGUCUUUCUGUCAUUCCAAAUCAUCACAAUGGUUAACUAAUCACUGCUGAGUAUUGAAAUUGCCAGCUAGAAAGAUUUUUUCCAACUCAGAUAUUCUUUUUUCUUGCAGCUUGUACAGACUGUGUUUAAAUGUCAGAGUUCAUGUGUUCAAGAGCUUUGUUUUGGAAUGGAUAUGUAGUAUAACAUUGAGUGUGUUUACAUGCAGUUCACUAUCCCGAGUAUGAUCGGGAUAUUAAUUAUCCCAAAUUUGCGUUUGAACAUAGAAGCACCUUUUCCCGACUUAGUAUCCCGGAUAAGCCCGUACUCAGAACUUUCAGAAAUCUGGAUAUGCUAGGUGGAGUAUUCCGACAGAAGUCAGGAUACUGACGCAUGUAAACACCUUAUCCCGAAUACAGGGUCUUUCAAUAGAACGCUGUUGCUGGUAUCCAGGCUACAGGCAUUUGAAAAGAAUUCUAAAACGGCCAAGAAUGUAGACUGGGAUAUAACGCUCUGUGCUCAUAUAAACUCCUUAUCCCGAAUACAUAUUCGGGAUCUGCCUCAUAUUUGGGAUACUGAACUGCAUAUAAACGCACUCAGUGUAAGUUCUGUGUUUGCUUUAUCAAGACUGAUGCUUAACAUUUACUUUAUAUUUUAACUGGUGGGGGUGUUUCUUUCUGAAUGGCAGUUCAUGUGUAUCCCUAUUUGUCUUAGAUUUAACUGACAAUUGAUUUAGUUUAAAUAAGUAGCCUUCCCCCCUACAUUGACAUUUCUAGGACCCAUGUCAUUCUUCUCUUAAUGAGAGGAAAUAAAAUACAAUCAAUUUGGUUUUGCUGUAUAACAGUAUGUGGAAAAAAAAUCAAGCGAUGAAUGUCUGUUGAACUGCAAUAAAUGUGUUUCCCCUUUUUAUUUUU